AUAGCCGCGUCCGUGGCGCCAAGAGGAGGGCCCCCUGGCGACGAUAAGCCUUCUUGCUUGUCCGUCGCGAACAGAGAAAAAAAAGAGACAGAGAGAAAGAAAGAGACAGGGAGAGAGAGAGAGAGAGAGAGAGGGAGACAACGGGUAGCUUUCACCCGCGUUUUUGAGCAGAGCGUUAUAUACCCCGCGCGGGUUGUGGAUCGCGACAGUGUAGAUAAUAGCGUGGACUAGUGCCGGUGGUGCACGUCUGGCUUGUCCAGUUAACGCAGUGUGUCCGCGACAGUCGGUGUGAUUGUCAGUGAUCUCCGUUCUUUUGAUCUUUCAUUUCGGUGUCAAAUCGUUAAUUGUGCUUUGUGUGUCAUUGCAUCGAUUUCUCUUUUUAUAUUGUUAUUAUAGGAGAAGAAGAAGAAGAAGAAGAAAUAGAAGGAAAAGGAUUAGACAAGGAUAACAUCGUUAAAAGAAAGAUAAAAGAAUCCUUUGGUGCUUGCCCUUUGUCAUAAAGUUACCCUUUUCCAAUUGGACGGUAGACUACUAGAUCGAAGAGGGAGGUUUACGAGCUUUGAGUGAUUCGACGAGAUACCCUCUCUAUUAACCGCGAGGAAGUAAGCUUUCUCGGGAUAGUAAGAGGAGGAAAAAGACGAAGAAGACGAAGAAGAAAAAGAAGAGGAAGAGGAAGAAAAGUAAAAAGAGGAGGAUAAAGUAGGAGUGCUUUGAGAGAUAAUCGUGUUGUUCUUUUUCAUUGUUUUCCUUUUUCCCUAGUUCCAAUUUCUUCUUCCUUUCCUUUCUCCUUUACUUUCUUCCUUCCCUUAUAACUUUCUUUUUUCUUUCUUUCUUUCUUUCUUUCUUUCUUUCUUCACUACGUUUCGCGACAGUUGAACGAAGUCGUUCGUACCGCACGCGCGUGUCUCGUCCUCGGUCUCCCGCGAAGAAGACAGAUAUAUACGUAUAUAUCAUGUCGGGGCUGCUUUACACGCUUCUCGGACUCGCCGCGAGUACGAGCCUCCACUGUGCCGUCAGGCGCGAAAUCAGUCCGUGCACCUGCCGACAAGAGGAGUUCUCCAGUCCCGUUAUCAAUCCGGCUCAGGCCACGGCCAAUGCCGGCAACAAUGCUCCUCCGGCGCCUCCUCCUCCCCAUCACGGAGGACACGGGGAACGCAUCGAGGUCGUCUGCGAACGUAUGGACUCCUUCGGGCAACUAGCUGAUGCCCUUAGAGGGAAGUUCACCGCCGAACAACAAAUCAUCCUAAGAGUUUCUCAUUCCAAUCUCAGGGAUAUAUCACGGCACGAUUUCAAGGAGCUAAGAAUGUCCAUAACCAGGCUCGAACUAAAUCACGAUCAUCUCGAGAUCGUUGAUGGGGACGUUUUUGCCGGUUUGGGACGGACACAAUAUUUGAGUCUUGCCGAUAACGAUGUACCAGCGAUACCGAGACACAUUUUAUCGCAUCUUUCGUUAUUGAGGACUCUGGAUCUUAGCAGAAAUCGGAUUAGUCGUAUCGAUCUUGAUGAUUUUAAGUAUAAUCCGACGUUGCAGCAUCUGUCGAUGGCAGGAAAUGCGAUUUCCGAGAUGGUGCCAGGUUCGUUGCCACCGUUGGUCAAACAUCUUCAUGUAGGCCGAAACCGGCUUCACACUUUGAAUCGCACUUUACGGGAUCUGAAUCAGCUCGAAUGGUUGCUCGUAAAUUCGAACGAGCUCACAUCGUUGGACGGCGAAUUACCGUCCUCGGGGCACAAUUUAAAAAUGCUCUACGCCGUGGACAACAAGCUGACUCAUCUACCGAUAGAGUUUCGAUAUCUUCACCGUUUGGAAUCCCUUUUCCUUCAGCACAAUAAGAUUCGUAGCUUGAACGGAGCUUUACAAAAGGCACGGCGUCUGAAGUUCCUCGAGCUUUCCUACAACGAUUUGCAGGAGCUGAACGAAGAGGACUUCGUAGAAGUUGAGAUGCUGGAAGAUCUCGAGCUUGGACAUAACUCUUUGAAAUCUCUUGGUGGUACUAACGAAGAUGGAAGCGGGGCUAAUAGUGCCCUUUACCCUCUCAGGUCUCUCAAAUGCCUGAACUUGACGCACAACGAGCUACGAGAGUUCUCAUUCGCUUCGUUGCGUGGUUUGCGUGAGCUACGAUUACUCGACCUUUCCGAUAAUAGAAUAGCUCGAUUACGUAGAGGAAGAACACCAUCGGAGAAUUUGGUCGAAGAGGAAGGUGACGAGAUGGCAGGUGGUAAUAUUCAGGACAUACGACUACAACAUAACGAGCUUAGGAGUUUAGAAGGUUCUCUAUUCGUCGGUAUGAAGGAACUUCAAAGACUCAAUCUCAGUCACAAUGCGUUAGGUCCAAUGAUCGCUCUUCGUGAUCUUCGUGGACUCGAUCGUCUUCGUGUUCUCGAUCUAUCUCACAAUGAGCUCAUCACGCUCGAGGACACUUCUGAGACGUGGCUGCCUGCAUUGGAAGAAUUAAAUGCUUCGCAUAAUCGUUUGAUUACGCUCUCUGGCCGAGAUUUCCGCGGUUUUCCUGUAUUAUGUUCGGCAGACGUCAGCGCGAAUCGAAUACGAACGCUGAUGCCGGAAUUAGUUGCGAAUACUCGUUGCACCAUUCACGGUGUUCCAGAUGUCCUUCGUAUAUACCUUCAAGACAAUCCGGUAUUAUGCGAUGCUGGUCUGGCCGAUCUAACGGUUGCCCUCGAAGUGAAUCAUGCAAAGGUUUACGGAGUGGCAAAUAAUUGUCCAACAACGACAUCGUCAAUGCCAAUCGAAUCAACGUCAUCUUUACCACCCUUACCACCAACACUUUUGUUGGCAGCUGCCGCGGCAGCCUCGGGGGCUAACGUUUCUUUUGCCGCGACCCUCGAAUAAAUACUUCUCAAUGAGAGGGCUAAACUUGGUCGAACCGGAGUAAGUCAAUAAAAAGAAGCGAGUUUGUCGCCUCGAAGGAGUUACUCGGUGUGCUUCUUCCGUACCUGGAAGACACGAAGGAAAGUGUCUCAAGUUGUUCGUUCGGAACGAUAGAACUAACUAAGAAUAAUUUCGCAUAUCGUCGAAAUAAUCAAAGAUCCAUUCUGGUUAGUCAACUCAAUCAUGCCUAAAGACGAAGAGAGAGAUUUCGUCUUCGGCUAUUCCGAUAUUAUCUACUUGUUAGCUCGAAGAAAAACAAAUCGACGAAAUUAAUGUCCCUUCGAUGACAUACAUUUAUGUACAUAUGUACGCGACUAAGAUCGGUGAGAUCUCCUUUUUGAUAGCAAACUUAUUCUCGAAAGUGUGCAUAUCAUAAUACGAUAAUAUGUGUAAUAUAACAUCGUCUAGUUGAGGAGAGAGAGAGAGAGCGAGAGAGCGAGAGAGAGAGAGAGAGAGAGAGAGAGAGAGAGAGAGAGAGAGAAAGAGAUAGAACUGCUUCUUGUAUACUGUUCUAAUGUAUAUAACUUUGAAGCUUUUUGUUAAUCAAUGAACGCUUUUGAAAGACGCUGUUAUAUAUCACCGAUUAUAGUAGAAACAGUCGCGAAUCACGUAAUAGAGUCCGUUAAUAGAGAAUUUUAUUGUUUUAAUGGACAUAUUUAUUUUUUUUCUUUCCUUUUUUUUUCUUUUUUUUUUCUUUAAUUAAUUAAUUAAUUAAUUAUUAUUAUUAUUAUUAUUAUUAUUAUUAUUAUUAUUAUUAUUAUUAAUAUUAUUAUUAUUAUUAUUAUUAUUAUUAUUAUUAUACCGUCCGGCUGGUAAUUUCGAAAUUAUCGAUUCUUUAUUUUUCUUAUUAUCUAUGCAAAAUAUAAGCUGAUGAAAGAUCGUGGUUUUAUAGAGACAAAAAUAAACGAUUAAUGAUCAUUAGUCUCGGUUGAACGAUAGACAACGUUAUUGUAUUCAAUGUAAAUAACUUCUUUUAAUACAUGUAUACUUCUUAGAUGUGUUGUGUUGUAAUGAACGCGUUUUUCGUUAUAGUAGAUUUACGUUAUCGUUUCGCCGUUAAUCGAAGUUAUAGCUUCAUUCUAAAAAUUCCAUAAUCGAAAAAGAACAUGCGUUACCAACGAUAAAUAUUAACGAACGUGGCACAAAACUCGAUAAAUAGAUUGACGAGCACAGCUAAAUUCUAUUUAAUAGACACUUCAACGAUUCAUUAUAAUUGUAUACAUUUUGACGUAUUUAUAUGGAAUAGCUUGUUCAUCCAAUAGUAAAUUCAUUCAAGACAUGUUAGUAAGGAAAAUUGUGGGAGAAUAGAUGUUAAUGACCGACGAUCUAAUAACUUGAUUAGACGAUAUAAUUAAUAGAUUUUUGAGGGGGGGGGGGAAAAUCUAAAUCGAUAGUCUCUGCACGAAUCUCAACGUUAUUAGAUCGUUAGUUAGUAUUGUAUUAAUAAUGUACCACGUACGAUGUGAUUACCUAGCGUGUUAAUUCGAAAUUAAUCUUUUAAUGAACCAACUUACGAUGAUUCUCUUGUAAUAACAAAUCGUGCAACUCGUUCGAAAUUUUUUUCUUUUUCUUUUUUUUUUUUCUUCCGAAAAUAUCUUUUGUUAACUCUCAGUGUUUGAUUUAUGGUUUGAAUCGCGUCGCCUGCUAGGUUUUAAUCGUAUCACACAUGGUCAUGGUACCGUGCAAAUACGGCUGUCAUUCUACGUAGUAGUAAAUCAUCGAUUCCCAUCGACCAAACUUCGAUCCAUAAUUAAUUUCUUCGAUAGCCGAGCAAACGAUUGGCCCAUGGGUCAAUGGAGCAAAUGAAAUCUGUUAGCUUACGCUCUGCUCAAGAUAUAGGCUGAUUGGCAGUGGGCGAUCAAUUGACCCUCUCGUUAACUAGUGCCAAUAGGGAUGAAUUGUUAUAAGUUCGUCUCCUUGCAUACAUGAUACAUUGGCCCUUUCCGAGUAACGCGAUUUCUUGAAUUGCGAUAAGAAUAAGAUUUUUCUUAAACGUUAUCGAUACUUGGACCGGCACUGAACAAAUAAAUCUAAUGACAAAUUUAAUGAAAGAAACUCAAUUUUAAUCUAAUGUUUCUUAUACGUCAUUUUAACAAAUCGAUAUCAUUUGCAAACGUAUCCAUUAACACAAGUCAUUUAAUAUAAUUGCCUCCAGCCUCGUAUGGCUUGAAAUUUAAUUCUACGUUUAUUACUAUUACCUGUAGUAUUUUUAAACACAGAAAUUGUAAUUAAGGAAGACACAGAGAAGUCAUAAAGCAGCUAUUAGUAUAAACAUUUGUUAUAUGUAGAAAACAGCCGUUAGCGCCGACUGCUAGCUAAAUUAGCUAGAACUCAAAAUCGAGAUAAUUUAAUUCCUAAGUAUUUUAAAUUAGUAAAUUUUAUGGGUGCUACGUAAGGAUAUAAGAGAAUUCAUUAUUUUAAUUUACCAUAGAUUUUAUUUCAACGUGAAGAAUAUUUCCUGACGAGAGACCUAUUCUUUUUUUUUCUCUCUCUCUUUUUUCUAAUUAUCUACUUGCGCACGAAUCUUUAUUCACUUGUAUAAAUAAAUAGUAUAGCACCCAUAAUACGGAUGUAAAACUUGACUAUAAUGUAGGUGCCAUAUAUAAAUAUACAAAAGACAAAGCA